AUGCGAUUACAUGACGAUACCACAACGAUGCAAGACGAGGCUUGGCAAGAACAGUUCAGGAAAUUGAUAGCUAAGCCAACUCAUAGAGUCGGUUUUGCUGAAACAAAGCGAUUAUUUAUGAAUGUUCGAGGGUGGAGCAACUUUGAUGCUGUUUUCUUUGUAUCCUCGUUGACUGGAGAGGGCAUCGAACCGUUGCGAGAUCAUCUCAAAAAGUUGUCGAUUGAACGGAAAUGGAGAAUGGACGAGAUGGCUGUUACUAGCAGGGACCCCCAGCAAAUUUGUAUCGACUCUGUUCGCGCUGCCUUACUCGACACUACUCCAUCGAAUGUUGCUUACCAGCUCAAGCCAAGAAUAAAUGAAUGGAAAGUGGACGGCGAGGUUUUGCAAAUCAUCGUCGAAAUUAAUUGCGAUAAGGAGCGUAUCGGACGGUUGAUUAUAGGCAAGGUAGGUGGUCGUCGAAUAGCCGAGAUUGGAAAACGUGUUAAUGACCAUAUGCACACUCUUUUUGCGCGACAACUCUUUGUACGUAUUCUUGUAAAACAUAAUGGAAAAAUUGUUGAGUUUUUAAAUUGA